UAUUUUUAUAUUUAGACCGUCUAUUGGAAAUGCUCUAACAAACCGAGCUAUUCAGCUGAGAGAGGAUAUACAUCGCUAGAGAAGAGGGAGGAGGCUGUUACUGUUAGACGUGGAAGUCAAAACUUAUCCUUCCCUCUAUCUCGCUAACAAGCCAGGGGUCACUUGAUCUCUUCUGUUGUUCGCUCCUCAUUCCUCUCCCAAGCGGCUAGGUCUCGGCAGCCAACCAGCCAUGGCUUCCCACCCGUCGCCGCCGCCGGAACACCGCACAUCACCCGCUCCCACCACCAUAAGUGACCUCGGCGAUGACCAGCUCCGAGAGAUCUUCCUCCGCCUCCCGGACCUCCGCAGCCUCGCCUCUGCCGCCUUCACCUGCCGCGGCUUCCUCGGCGCCGUCCGUUCGUCCCGCGCCUUCCGCCGCCGCUUCCGCGCGCUCCACGCACCCCCGCUCCUCCCUCGCUUCCUCGCACACACGGUAGCUCCGUUCCCUGCCUCACGGCACCCCUCCGCCGGAUUCACCCCCCUCCAAGACGACGACACUUCCGACUGGCGGGUCGAUUUCUAUGAUCCUUCGCUUCCCUACAAAUACAAUGGCGGCUGCAUCGCCAUGAAGCACCGGAGCGUCAAGCAACGGAGAGUUUGGUACAACCCUCGAACGAUGGCCCUGUUUCUCUGCCCCAAGGAUCAUCAUGACAUGCCCGACGGCACCACCCUUGGGUUCCACACAUUCUCCUGCGAAGAGGAUCAGAUGCCGUCCCGUGUGGUAUGUGUCCGUCACGACUACUCACGGCCUUGCGCACGGGUCGCUGUCUUCUCAUCGGACACCAUGGAGUGGCAAAUCUUCCCGGAGACUGCGACGCCGCUGCCUCAUGGCUUCAGGAGCACAACCUGCACCGUGCUGGAUGGGUUUAUAUGUUGGCAAUGCGUGUCCAUGAGCGGGAUGAUUGUCAGCCAGUACAUUUUCGUGCUCAACACAGACACAUUUCAGUUCUACCGGAUGGAUCUGCCGCCGCCCUUGAGAGUGAUACCCCAAACAUUUAAGAUUGGUCAGACCAAUGAUGGGAGGCUCUGUAUUGUGAAUGAGAAGGAAUGCACAUUUAGUAUUUGGAUCUCAACAACCGGCGAUGAUGGCAUCGAGAGAUUUGUGCUGGACAAGAUGUUCCCGUUGCAGGCUAGCGUUAUGGAGGUCAUCAGUUGUUCAGUGAAAGAUACAAUCUCAGUGCGGCUUAUGAUGAUUUUCAAUGGUUUUGUGUAUUUUGCACUUCGCCCAUGGAGGAAUUACGUGGAUCAUUACAAAUCCCCUGAGUGGUUCAUGUCCAUGUCUUUGGAAACAGCGGAGCUGAAGCAGCAUCUAAAGAAUAGAAAGCGACCUAUCUUCCCCGUCCAUCCCUACUCGGCCUGGCCUCCUUCUAUGGUAUACAUCUCGGAGGAUUCAAAAUCUGAGGUUACUGGAAACAGUGUUGAAGAUGUUGGUUCUGAGGGCACAGGAAAGGAUUCAUCUAUCCUUAUAAAAGCAUUACAAUCAUAUAAAGAAGCUUUGAUUAAGGAUGGUGACACAAAUGUUGCAGAGAUAGAGGCCUUCUCACUUUGUAUUGACAUUGAGGAUGAGAAUAACUCUCUUGUGAGGAAAAUCAUUGCUUUAGAUGAACUGUUAAUAACUGUGAGAGAUCGUGCCUUGAGGGCGGGUGCAGACUCUGAAUUCUACAGACAGAAGAUCAAAACAGAGAACUGGUGGAAAAUGUGCAAGAGGAAGUUAUGGAGAGCUUUCUGCACUAGCUGAAUAAGCCCAUCUAUCAGGACUAAGUGAGUUUUUACUUUUUGUUGCGUUGGUACUUUAGCUUUUAGAUGCUGUGAUGACGUUAGCUGAAUAAACCAUUAUCAGUAUUCAUAUGACUGGUUGGCAGGAGUCCUAGUCUUCAGUUUCAUCUACUAUAAAUAAAGGUGUGUGGUCAUUCUCUGUUGCAUAAUAAC